CCCAUCCCUAACCUAUCUGCUUUCGACUUUAUUUUUAUUUCCUUGAUUACAUGUCUUUCUCCCGCGUCCUUUUACGAGCCUGCUGCCGUUUCUCGUCUGCUUCUGGCGUGAACCCGGCCUGUCGAUCGCCUGAUCGGACGGUAACUUCAGCGUGCGAACCGUCCUUCGUCUGGUUGUGGCCAGUCGACCCGGCCCCUGUCUCGAGCUGUCUCCGGCGUGCUUCGCGUCCCUACCGAGAUGUUGACGCCAAUUGCCGGAACAGGAGGCCCGACCUCGAUCUCCGAGGUAGACCCAUAUGGAUAGAUACAACGUAGAGCGCACACUUUUGAGGACGCUCCGGUUCCACAGCAGCCAGAGGAGGACGGCAAGCAAGUGUGUCCGGCUCGUCGGGUUACGGGGAAUACACGCAGAGCUGUGCUGGCUCCCAAGCCUGAACUACGG